UAUGGGAUUGGAUCAUGACACCCACUUCAAAUAACCUAUUUUACACCUUUCCUCCUCUGCAUAGCCUCAUUCUCCUUUAUCUCUUCUUCACCCACAAAUGGUGAAGUUCUCAAAGGAGCUUGAAGCUCAACUCAUUCCAGAAUGGAAAGAGGCCUUCGUCAACUACUGGCAGCUCAAGAAGCAGAUUAAGAGAAUCAAACUCUCAAGAAUUCCCAAGCAAUCCCACCAUGCUAAACCAGACUUUGGGCUCUCCAUUUUCGAUUCUUUUCACUUUUUUCUUAAGAACAUCGCUCACAACCUUUCAGCUUCCGACCGACAUGACCUCAACAUCAUUCAGGUGAGGAAGAAAAGCUCAAAAAACGGCGAAGAAGAAAUCUAUGAGACAGAACUUGCACAGUUGUUUUCAGAAGAAGAUGAGGUACGUGUGUUUUUUAUGAGGCUGGAUGAAGAGCUAAACAAGGUGAACCAAUUUUACCGGAGACAAGAGAGUGAGUUCGUUGAGAGAGGAGAAAGCCUGAACAAGCAGCUUCAGAUAUUGCUUGACCUUAAGCAAAUUAUCAGUGACCGUCGCCGGAAAACUACUCCGUCGAACCCAUUUGCCACUCCUCAAUAUUCUCCCACCAGAGAUUCUGAUUACUCCGUUUGUGCAGAAAACUUAGGAGAUUCGGAUGAAACAAAUUCGGAAAUUUCACAAACGGAUGAGGUAAUGGCAAGAUUAGAGAAAAAUGGUGUAAGUUUCGUGAAUUCAGCAACGAUGGCAAAGACGAAGAAGGGAAAGCCUAAGAUGACAAUGAGAAUUGAUGUUCCAGCCACCAACCCAACUAGGGCGAUUACAGCAAUUACCAGCAUGCUGUGGGAGGAUUUAGUCAACAAUCCAACCGGAGACUUUGUUCACAAGAGAAAGAUUCAAUGUGCUGAGAAAAUGAUUCGAAGUGCGUUUGUGGAGCUCUAUAAAGGCCUUGGCUUACUCAAAACUUACAGCUCACUGAAUAUGGUAGCAUUUUCAAAGAUAUUAAAGAAAUUUGACAAGGUAUCUUGUCAAAAAGCUUCUGCAAACUAUUUAAAAGAAGUGAAGAGAUCCCAUUUCGUUAGUUCUGAUAAGGUUGUUAGACUAAUGGACGAAGUGGAAUCCAUAUUCACAAAGCACUUUGCCAACAACGAUAGGAAAAAGGCAAUGAAAUUUUUAAGACCACAACAACAUAAAGAUUCUCAUAUGGUCACCUUCCUUGUCGGGUUGUCUACAGGUUGUUUUGUAUCCUUGUUUUGUGUGUAUGCAAUAUUGGCUCAUUUGUGUGGUAUAUUCUCUCCUAGUAACGAGACAGCUUAUAUGGAAACAGUUUACCCCGUUUUCAGUGUGUUUGCAUUAUUAAGCCUGCACUUGUUUAUGUAUGGAUGCAACCUGUUCAUGUGGAAGAAUACAAGAAUCAAUUACAAUUUCAUAUUUGAAUUCUCACCAAGCACAGCAAUGAAGCACAGAGAUGCAUUUCUGAUGAGCACUACCUUAAUGACAACUGUGAUUGGGGCAAUGGUCCUACAUCUGCUUCUAAGGGCUGCACACUUUUCUCCUACCCAAAUUGAUGCCAUUCCUGGAAUUCUUCUACUGUUUUUCGUAGCAUUGCUCAUUUGCCCAUUUGACAUUUUUUAUCGCCCCACACGUUACUGCUUCAUCCGUGUUAUUCGCAACAUAGUAUGCUCUCCCUUUUAUAAGGUUCUGCUAGUAGACUUUUUUAUGGCUGACCAACUAACUAGCCAGAUUCCGUUGCUAAGGCAUUUGGAAACUGCAGGUUGUCACAUUUUUGGUAGAGUUUUCAAAACACACCACCCUGAGACCUGCCAUUCUGGAAGAUUAUACAUGGAAAUAACUUAUAUCAUCUCAUUCUUGCCAUAUUAUUGGCGUGCUUUGCAGUGUGCAAGACGGUGGUUUGAUGAUGGUGAUGUGAACCAUUUGGCUAACAUGGGCAAGUAUGUUUCGGCAAUGGUGGCAGCAGGGGCUAAAGUAACAUACAGCAGGCAACAUGACCAUCUAUGGUUUGUAAUAGUCUUAAUCACUUCUGUGGUGGCUACAAUUUACCAACUUUACUGGGAUUUUAUCAAGGACUGGGGAUUUCUUAAUCCCAAAUCAAUAAAUCCGUGGCUCAGAGAUGAUCUAAUUCUAAAGAAUAAAAGCAUAUACUAUAUGUCUAUUGUGGUAAAUAUUGUCCUAAGAGUGACAUGGGUGCAGACCAUCCUGCACUUCAAAGUAGGGCAUAUUCAAUCACGACUACUAGAUUUUUUACUAGCUGCACUUGAGGUUAUUCGAAGAGGUCAUUGGAAUUUCUAUAGGUUGGAAAAUGAGCAUCUAAAUAACGUUGGUCAUUACCGAGCAGUGAAGACAGUUCCACUACCAUUUCGAGAGACAGAGUCUGACUGAUGAGGUGAUUUCUUGUACACAAAAACAAGUCCAGUAGACAUGCUAACAAGUAGAGGCAUGGAGUGUAAAGAAUAAAAAGGGAGAAACUCCUCUUAAUAUGUUUCUUGUUUAUUGCCUCUUUUAUAGGCAAGAGAAAUGGACAUGUUCAAAAUCGAACAAAGAAAGAAUUGUUAUUUUUUUUCUCCUAAGAUUAGUAAAUAUUGAAAUGUUGGUGGUGUUUAUAAUUUCAUUUGUCAGGUAACAGAUUUAAAUUGGCGUACAA